GUCACAUAAUCCAAAUGGCAAAAGAUCGGAAUAGUAAUUUUACUCCUUAUUCGAUCGUCGUCACAAACAAACAGAGACUGCAUUGCUAUCGCCUAAAUAUUUCACCCGUUCGUAUUUUGCGCUUCGGGCUAUUCCAUUGCACAGUCGAUUAAUUUGGUGCACCAAGGUUUUGGUUAGUUUCUCCGCUGAUGUGUCACAGCAGGCGAACAUUUCUGAGAGCAAUUUUAGUUUCUGGUCACCCCGAAAUCAAGAAGAGAAGUUAAGAAGUAAGGGGGAAUGGAUGGAUUUAACACUGAGUUUAAUGUGGAAUGUAACGGUAAACUGAUAAACGCUGGAGCUAGAUUUUAAGAGGAGAUUUGCAAACCACCAAAAUUCGGAUUUUGCGAUGCAGAUCAGCUCAUGGACCCUAGCUUUUGCGCUGGUGGUGCAAAUCCGAUGGACCUGCUCCAUUCCCACCAUCCCUCAAUCACCCUGUCCGAACCUCUUCUACUACUACAGGGACACUCACACGGCACAAAUUCUCGGCUCCCUGCAAAUUCCGCCACCUGCAGAUAGCACCAGAAUCAAUAUAGCGGUGAAAUUCAUAGUAGCCGUUUAUCUUACAUCCGCGUACGCAGGAAAAAUCAGUCUAGCAGAUGACAAAAAUUCCGUGGUGAACAGACUGAGUUACGGCCAGCGUCAACCAAUUGGAUACUCAGUGCACUUCCCCAUUCAAAACCCUUUACCAGUUUUAACAGAGCUGGUUGUGAAUAAUGAAUUGCUGUGCAAAAACAACCCAGAAAUUGGGGGCACACACACAACCCUUUCGCUGGUGCACACCCUGGCGUCGGAUAUUCCAAUAACUUUUAGCACUUAUCCAAAAAGCACCACCUCGGAAAUGCCACCAAUGAUCGAUAUACGUCACGAUAAUCGACCAGAGAUCGAAGUCGAGUUUCAUUCUCCGGAUAUUUUAGAAACGGGGAUUCCUCAACCCCGGCCGACUACCCCUGGGGUGACCCUGACCAGAGUCUCGCCCCCGAAAAUUUCAGGCCAAGAUGAAGAAUGCGGAAGACCUGUGUUGCGGAACAACCUCGUCGUCCAAGGAAAAAAUGUCACCAAGGGUUUGUGGCCCUGGCUGGCCGCAAUUUUCUUCACGACGGCCAGCGGCCAGGCGUUUCAAUGUGGCGGGAGUUUGGUUUCAAAACGACACGUCAUAACAGCUGCACACUGCGUCCAGCAGGAUCCAAUUCAAUCCAAAGUGGUCAAACCACAACGUGUCACCAUUUACUUGGGAAAACACAGUUUGCUCAAUUUUGCGGAGAGGAAUGUCCAAGCAAAAGAGGUUUCCAAAAUAAUCGUGCACCCGCAAUGGGGUGAGGGUGACAACCACCACAGCUUCAACGAUCUAGCAAUAAUUGUGUUAAAAUCUCCUGCUGAUUUCAAUUUCAAUGUGCAGCCUGUUUGCUUGACGGAUUCCUUUUUGUCCCUUGAAAACUUUGGAAAGGUGGUUGGAUGGGGGAAGGACGAACAAGGGAAUAUGGUUUCAAAAGAGCCAAAGCAAGCUACUAUGCCGAUUGUGAGCCAGGAGGAGUGCCUUCGGAGCAACAGGGACUUUUUGUACCUGACAUCCAACACAACCUUCUGUGCCGGAGCUCGAGAUGGGGGAGGACCGUGCAAUGGAGAUAGCGGUGGAGGGAUGUACAGCCAGAUGGUGGACCAACCUGGCCGGUGGUAUCUGAGGGGAGUGGUCAGCCUGUCUCUGGGAGACCCGAAGACCUUCUCGUGCGACCUCCAAAACUUUGUUGUGUUCACAGACCUCAGCAGAUUUCGAAAUUGGAUUGCUCAAGAAACGGGACUUUGAAGUGAAUUGAAUACUGGAAUUGUUAUUUAUACGGGUUCAGUCUGAAUUAGAAGUUGUGAUUUCAAUUUGUAAAUUUAAUCCGUUUAUUCCGCUAACAAUAUUUUUUUUUUUAAAUGCCGUUGUUCAAAGGCGAGCAUAUAGAUUUUUAUGCUCAACAAAAGGAUGGAUAUACCAUUUAAAUAUUAUGUACAAAUAAAAUUAUACCUUAA